AUGAGAAUAUUAAAAAAAGAGAUCGGGAAAAAAAAAGAAGAAAAAAAAAGGAAAGGUAAUAAUAAUCAUACACACAAUUUGAAAAGUAGAAACGAAAAAGAGGAACUUAUACAAAGACUAAAAAGAUGUCAUGAUAAUGAUAACAUUUUUAAUUAUAUUGAUGAGAAAUAUAAAAAGUAUAUUAUAAAAAAAAAUAGAAAUGAUAGUAGUCAGAAUAAUUCAAUAAAUAAAGAAAAGAAUGAAAAUUAUAUACAUAAUGAAAUAGAGGGUUCCAAACAUUUAGGAAGUUCAUCAUUUAUUUUCUUUGAAUCUAUUAAUUCUUAUGAACUUAAGAAAUAUAAAUCAGCAUUUUCUAUUUAUAAUAUAUUAUUAAAUAUUACCAAAAUAAAUAUGCAGAAAUUAUACGAUGAAAAUAAUUUUUUAAAUAAAGGAUGGUCAGACCAAGAAAAGCUGAAAGAAUUAAAAAGUGACAGGAGCAAAUUAAUAUUAGGUUUUCUAAAAAAAAAAAAAGAACAAAAUCGAUAUGAUCAUGAACAAAAUCGAUAUGAUCAUGAACAAAAUCAAUAUGAUCAUGAACAAAAUCAAUAUGAUCAUAAACAACAUCCAAGUGAACACGAAACCUAUGAUAGUAAAUUUUUUAUUACAAAAAAUACAAACAACCAUUUUAUAGAUAUAAUAAAAACAAAUGAUAAAAAUCAAAUCGACGAUUUUCUAAAAACAAAUCCAAUAGUAUGUUUUGUACAUUUUAGAUUUACACCAGACUAUUAUCCAUAUCAAAAAAAUAUAAUUUGUUAUCUUUAUGAAAUACAAAUAAUAAAAGAAUAUAUAAAAAUAGGAAUAGGGACACAUUUAAUAAAUAUAUUAGAGCAACUCUGUAAAAAUAUACAUAUUCAUAAAAUUUUAUGUACCGUUCUAAAAAGUAAUUACAAAGCUGUCAUGUUUUAUAAAAAUAAAUGUUCCUUUCAAAUGGAUGAAAGUUCACCAGAUAAUUUUUAUUCCGACUCACAUCUAUCAAAAGAAUGUGAAUAUGAAAUAUUAAAGAAGGACAUCAUAUCAUAG